AAUGUAAAGAAGAGGGUUUCCGCCAUUUUAAAGUAUUCAAAGUCUGGGUGGUUAUUCCUAUGGGUUGUAGUCACAUAUGCUAUCUAUAAUGGCACAGAUAUAAAGAUGAGUCCUCCAUCUACCUCUAUGGGAUUUUGUAAUAGUAUUUGGUAAAAAGCAAAGGCACUCGAGAAAAGUGUGCGCAGUGCUCAUGAGCCAGCCAACUCACACCUCACAAAUGUUGCGUUCACUCCUCGUUUCAAGUCGAAGAUGCACUGGUCGGGGCUUAUUUAUGGACGAAGGUAUGCAAGUGAGACUGUAUUGUAGCUAAACAAGCAUGGACAAUAUAUAUUCCGAUAAUUAGAGAAUGAUAGAUAAUGUAUUUAUUUAUUUAGCUGUAAAUUCGUAUAGUAGCGGUUAGCGGAGUGUACCACAACUCCACAGUAUGGGUUCUCCAUUAUAUCACUUCACGGAACUAACACAGAUAAAUAGGGCAAACCAGUUUGGUUUAUACCAUACAUAUCCUGUACAUACAGUACGACUAAUUAAACUUGAAACGAUUGCUUUCAGGCGGUCCCUGAGAAAUCAGCAAUAAAACUACCUAAUAAAAAAUAACUGCAGCAAGGCCAAACUACCUCUAAAGGAAGAACUGUAUAUGUUUGUGUAAUUUUAUAUUUUGAGUGUCGACAAUGCAUUUUGGCCUCACAUUUUAUUCUUAAAAAUGUGUAAGGCUUCCCUAGAAAGGGUACAGUGGGCCGAGGAACAGAAAUGUUUGAGUACCCAUUGGACUAGACUAAGUUCUCUAUAGGGCUACAAAACACAGUAUUGAUUACCUAUUCAUUGUCAUAUGAUCUCAUGAAGCGCAAAGGAAAAACUCAUAUCACCACUGGGCACACACUGGUUGAAUCAAUCAAAUUAAAUUUGUAUUUGUCACAUGCACCGAAUACAACAGGUGUAUACCUUAGCGUGAAAUGCUUACUUACAAGCCCAUAACCAACAAUGCAGAAAUUUUUCCAAAGAAAGUAAGAAAAUAUUUGCACAAUUUUUUUUUUAGAAAUCAAAUAAAGUACGAAAAAUAAGUAACACAAUAAAAUAACAAUAACGAGGCUAUAUACAGGGGGUACUGAGUCAAUAUGUGGGGGUACAGGCUAGUCGAGGUAAUUGGGGUAAUAUGUAGGCUACUGUACAUGUAGGUAGGGGUAAAGUUUUGGGCUCCCGAGUGGCGCUGUGGUCUGGCACUGCAUCUCAGUGCUAGAGGCGUCACUACAGACCCUGGUUCGAUUCCAGGCUGUAUCACAAUCCGGCCGUAAUUGGGAGUUCCAUAGGGCAGCGCACAAUUGGCCCAGCGUCGUCCGGGUUUGGCCUGGGUAGGCCAUCAUUGUAAAUAAGAAUUUGUUCUUAACUGACUUGCCUAGUUAAAUAAAGGUUAAAUAAAAUAAAAUAAAAGUGACUAUGCAUAGGUAAUAAACAGCGAGUAGCAGCAGUGUAAAAAAUGGGGUCAAUUCAAAUAGUCUGGGUAGCCAUUUGAUUAACUGUUUAGCAGUCUUAUGGCUUGGGGGUAGACGCUGUUAAGGAGCCUUUUGGACCUAGACUUGGCGCUCCAAUACCGCUUGCCGUAGCAGCAGAGAGAACAGUCUAUGACUAGGGUGGCUGGUGUAUUUGACCAUUUUUAGGGCCUUCCUCUGACACUGCCUGGUAUAGAGGUCUUUGAUGGCAGGAAGCUUGGCCCCAGUCAUGUACUGGGCCGUACGCACUACCAUACCAAGCGGUGAUGCAACCAAUCAGGAUGCUCUCAAUGGUGCAGCUGUAUUUUUUGAGGUUCUGAGGACCCAUGCCAAGUCUUUUUAGUUUCCUGAAGGGAUGUUGUCAUCCCCUAUUGAUGACUGUCUUGGUGUGUUGGACCAUGAUAGUUUGUUAGUGAUGUGGAUGCCAAGGAACUUGAAGCUCUUGACCCGCUCCACUACAGCCCCGUCGAUGUGAAUGGGAUCAUGCUCGGCCCCCCUUUUCCUGUAGUCCACCAUCAGCUCUUUUGUCUUGCUCAUUUCGUUGUUGAGGUAGAGGUUGUUGUCCUGGCACCACACUGCCAGGUCUCUGACCUCCUCCCUGUAGUCUGUCUCAUCGUUGUUGGUGAUCAGGCCUACCACCAUUGUGUCGUCGGCAAACUUAAUGAUGGUGUUGGAGUCGUUUCAUUUCCAUGAAAUGACGUUGAACCAAUGUGGAAUAGACGUUGAAUUAACGUCUGUGUCCAGUGGGAAGGUGUUGACUGUAAACAGAGCACCGGAAACGACCUGUGGUCCCAUGAUCUAUAAGUACUAAGGUCACUACAUUAUUAAUACCAUAUCCUAAUGGGAUGUCCAUGUGUACUCUACUGUAUGUCUGAUGCUGUUUGGUGUCACCCACAGCUGCUUGUGUCCGGCAGCAGCACCGUGGCCUGGACUCUGCAGACAGCCACUAUGAUGGACUGUACCCAGGCCACAUCCCCACCAACCCCAUCCAGAAAGCCCUGUUGGCUGUCGGCUCCGGGGUGGCAACCCUGCAAGACCCCUACAGACAUGGUGAGAGGGAUGCCCACUUCCAGUUGUGAUACUUUCAAAUGGUCAUUUUGCAUCUGUAGGGAGUUUGGCAUGCUUAUCUGUGCUUACACAACAUGUGAGUAGGCUGUGUUCCCUGUUUCACUUUCCUUUCUUUUGCAUUUGUAUCUCAAACGAUUUGAAUAAGUUUCAUUACGCACAGUAACCGAUACCAAGCAGGGUUAUUUAAUGGUUAUCAUGUGUCAUUUAGAUCCCUAGUUAUCAAGGUGUGGAAAACACUGUGAAGUUUUCGAGAAAAAAAAAAAAGGAAACUUAGAGUCCUAGUGAAACUAUGUCGUAGAUGUAAUUUUGAUUUCAACAAGGGUGAGAAAUAACUUGAAAGUUACUCUUUUGGUAUAACAUACUGUACUGCAUUUUCUCAAUAAAAAAGUACCACAUUUCUCUUCACUGUAAUUCGUGUUCCCCAUGUAGACAUGGUGGCAGUGCUGGGAGAGACGACAGGACACCUGGCCCUGAUGACGCUCCGGGACCGAAUGAGAGGAGACCCUGAGGGCUAUACCAUUCUAACGUAUGUCACAACCUCUGCUGUCUAUCUCACUCUGUUUACGUACACCCUGAAAUAUACAUCUCUAUGAUUUAAAUAAGUUAUGUGUGUACAAUUGCUUGUCUGUGAAUGCUCAUGUGCGUAUGUUUCACCUAUUUCUGUGUUAGAGAGCGCCCACGGAUCCGACUCUCCACAUUGGAUCUGUCCAAGAUGGCCUCCCUUCCGGAUGGAUCCUUUGGGAGAGAGUACCUGCGCUUCCUUGAGGACAAUGUGAGUUUAUGAAGGACAUGAUGGAUCUCUUUACAGAGGAGGCGUCGUGGUUAUUUGCCAAUCCUCAUAUCCCUCUAUGUCUCUCUUUCUCAGAGGGUGACCCCUGACUCGAGGGUGAACGUGAAGUUUGUGGAUAAUGAGGAGUUGGCGUACGUCAUGCAGAGGUACCGAGAGGUCCACGAUUUACUGCACACCUUACUAGGCAUGCCCACUAACAUGCUGGGUGAGUCUGGGGUAAAGGGAUUCACUGAGAGUAUUGGUAUUAGUGUGUUUCACUACAUAUAAUUUCUUUCUCACUUUCUCAAACUCAGGUGAAGUGGCAGUAAAGUGGUUUGAGGCUGCUCAAACUGGCCUGCCAAUGUGCAUCCUGGGAGCAGCGUUGGGACCCCUCCGUCUGUCCACAAGGUGCUGCCCAUCAGGCUCUCUUCUUAUUCAUACUGUAUGUAGUAAUAUAAACCAGGGGCCUUUCAGGAGACUGACUGUCUGCCAUGAUGAAUAGGAAGUAGUCUUGGCUCUUCUCGUUACAUUUCUGCAAUGUUCACUGAAUACGUCCCAAGAUUUAUCUGUGAUGUCGUCAGUCUCCAGGAAGUUAUACUGUAUAUUCUAAGGGAGACUGGUGGUGAAUGGAACAUACACUUCCUGGACACCUCUGAUGUUUGGUAAUCAACCACACACCUGAGCAGCCCCCUGAGGUGUAAAGAGAACUGAAAUGUAGGUGGAUGACUUCCUUCAGGGAACUGAGACGAUAUGCUGUGUCAUUUCAAGGAUCAAAUAACUAUUGCUUAGUUGGUUUAUUUGCAAGUGUCACAGAGCUGGUUGAGCUAGUUAUGAUCAACAUACUGUAGUUAUUGACGGAAGGGAAUGGGAGUCUGCCUUCUGAAAGAAUUACAGUUCACAUGUAUUUAUUUUCUAGUCUAAUUUCCUUCCUGGCUGAAAAACAUCCCUUGUGUGUGGAAACUAAUACUUACUGAAUGUGUCAUCAUGAUUUUUCUGAGUAUUGGCUUUGACUGUAAAUUAUUUCUGCUCUGUAAUACAAUAACCGUUGACAUCACAGUCUGGUAUCUGUACAGUAAUGUAAUUAUUACGGCCUGACUGUUUCAUUGUGGCUCUCCCGCAGUCGUCUGGAGCCCUUGGUGACGUCCCUGGGACCAUGGGCUGUGAGGAAUGGCCGGCAGGCCCGCUGUGUCCUCAGCAUCUUCUAUGAGCGCCGCUGGGAGCAGAGUCUGGAGAACCUGAGAGAGGAGCUGAACAUCGAGCCGCCCCCGCUCACCAUCAGGGCCACCAGCCAGAAAGCCACAUUAGACUCUUAGCACUGACCUCGAAUGUCAGAGGUCACACUGUACAACCAGAUGGGAAGAAUGCAGGGACUCUUUGGAGGGAUGUCAUACAGUAAUUUAGGCAUUGUAUGUGGGCUGACUGUGUCAUAGCAAUUGUGUCAAGCUUCCCCCAUGUGUUCAAGUGAAGGAAUUAAAGGCUAAUAGUCACAGUGGGUGCAGAGGAUUACCAGAGGGCUGGAUGCAAGUUUCACCAUCCAAUUAUAUCAGAUCUACAGGAGUGCAAGUUUCACCAUGGCACAGACCGUGGCUAUACUUAGAAUAUGGCACAUAAAAAAAAAAAAUGGUAAUUUAGCAGACGCUCUUAU